GACAACUACUACGCAUUCUCAUGGCUUAGACUCGUAGUUCCGAAAACAGGUCGAAAUGUAGCGCUGAAACAACGGACGGAGCAAACAAAUACGAUGGGAGAUCAUAACUCGUCCAAAGCUGUAGACGGCGAUCCUAACGCUGAUCUGAAUCAGGGUGCAUGCAGUCAUACAGAGAUGAAUGCUAAGUCUGAGUGGGCCGUUUUCUUUAAACGUUCACAAAAAAUAAACACAUUUAAUAUCAUCAAUAGAGAUGAAAGACAAGAACGACUAUGUAGUUUUACUUUAGACGUGUGGGAAGGUGGCAUUGACAAUGUAAAUAUACCUGGCGACGAUAUUGCUGAACCAGAAUACUAUAUACCCGGGGAAUUUAUGCACGCAGAUAAAAUAUCGAUUUAUGUGCUCAAUAAUUACCUUGCUCUGUGUGAGGUUGAAAUCUAUGGAGACAAUAUGUGCGAAGCAAGUGAAUAUGGCCUAGAUUGCGAGAAACGAUGCAAUUGCACUGGACCGUGCACUCCAUCUACUGGAGCAUGCUAUACCCCUUGCAACCCUGGAACUGGGGGGUAUGGUGGCGAUGAUUGUACUAAACCUUUAAAAUGUAGACCGCCACCUGAAGUACCAAAUGGCCAAUGGCCGGGCUGUGCCAGAACAUUCAAUACACCGUGUCAGCUGGCGUGUAAUGCAGGGUAUUCAAGACAAGGCAGCCUUGACAUAAUAUGUCAAGCUAAUGGCACAUGGACAGACCCGGGAAGAUGUACAGCUCCAACUUGUGGACAGCCACCUGCAAUUGCAAAUAGCAGCUGGUUACCAUGUACCAGAGAAUACAAUACGGAGUGUGUGAUGGUGUGUAAUACAGGGUUUUCAAGUGAAG